AUCCCGUUGAAACUGACAGGAGAAGAUCUGAGUCUAUGACCGUGGAGAAGAGAUCAUCUGAGCGCCGCAUUUGAAGAGAGUUUGACGGUUGACAGUGGUACUUGCGUGUUUACGAAGACCGCUAUUUGAAAUCUUUUAACGAAGGAUUAUUUAUUGGAUACAAAAAUAAAAAUAUGUGUUUGGUAUAACUUUAAUUGAAAGUUAAAAAUUCAAUUUAAAAAGAAUUUGUUAAGUGAAAAGUUUUAUUACAUUUCGAUUUUGGAACCAACUUCAAAAUGUUCUGGUGCUUUGGGAAAAAGGCUCAAAAUUAUCAUUGCAAGAUUGUUCUUCUGGAUGAGACGGACUUUAUACAAGACAUACAGGAGUCUUCUAGAGGUCAGCAAUUGCUAGAUGUAGUGUUUAAACAUCUGAAUUUGAUGGAAACAGCUUAUUUUGGCCUCCGAUUUGUAGAUGCAACUGGACAAAGGCAUUGGUUGGAUCCGAAUAAAAACAUUGUAAAACAGAUGAAAGGAUUGGAAACCUUUACCUUCUAUUUUGGAGUGAAAUUCUAUGCUUCAGAUCCAUGCAAACUUUUGGAAGAAAUAACAAGAUAUCAGUUUUUCUUGCAAGUGAAACAGGAUAUCUAUCAAGGACGAUUGCCUCUGACGUACGAUUUAGCGGCUGAAUUAUUCGCUUAUGCCAUUCAAUCUGAGCUCGGAGACUAUGAUCCUCGUCGGCAUUUACCAGGAUAUGCAUCCGAGUUCAAUUUUGUACCUAAUCAGACUAAAGAUCUAGAAUCCAAAGCGAUGGAAAUACAUAAAGGACUAUGUGGGACUGUCCCAGCUGUAGCCGAGAUUAAUUUUCUAGAUCGAAUAAAAUGGUUAGAUAUGUACGGUAUAGAUCUGCAUCCAGUACUAGGUGAAGAUAGCAUAGAGUAUUACUUAGGGCUCACUCCAAGUGGCAUUCUUGUGCUUCGGAACAAGACAAAAGUCGGAAAUUAUUUCUGGCCCAGAAUAACGAAGGUGUACUAUAAAAGGAAAUAUUUCAUGAUCAGAGCAAAAGAUAAAAGUAAUGAACAGAAUACUUACGGGUUCGAGCUCCCCAGCAAAAGAGCUUGCAAGCACCUGUGGAAAUGUUGCGUGGAACAUCGGGCUUUCUUCAAAUUGACUCAGAUACGAGAAGUACCAGGCCAAUGUGGAAAGAUUGUCGGUCUAGAAAAUAAAUUUUAUGGAAGUCGAUUGGAUAAAAAUUCCCAAUCACUUAACAUGAAAGCAAGAUUACGAACCCCACCGACUUUUGUUCGCGUUCCUAGUCGUCGAUUUCAUAAAAGGAUAGGACAACCUGAUGGAGCUGAUGCUGGUCCGCAGUCUAAAGAAGAAACUAUAAAACACAUGUUGGAGCCAUCUGUUGUCAUGACUCCAAUACCUCAAAAUCCCAUUCUUAUUCCUGCGCUUCACAGAUCCACAUCAGUACCAUCAGUGGUUCCUUCUCCGUAUAAAGUUGCUCCGUGGGAAGACCCCAGAUUGAACUCCAGGGGCAUGUAUUCCAGCUGUGCAAAUCCAUCUCCUCGAUCGAUUCGCAGCGCUGGAGCUUUGCCGUCUCGAAGAUAUCCCCUCCACGGCAGGACAGGAUCCAUUGAAAGUACAAACAGUUACGAUUAUAGGAAAAGAAAGCACCAUCACAGUAGGAGACAGUCCGACAAUGAGAGUGAAGUUUCUAAGUCCUCUAAGUGUUCCAAAUCGUCCAGAUCUUCUCGUCACAGAAGGCAUGGGUCCCAGUCUGGUGGCGAUGGAAGCGAUUCCGAACCUCAACACAGACACAAGAGACACAGUAGGAGGAAAAAGCACGGAAGCACAUAUGAACUAGUGGAUUCUGAAGGACAGUGGAAAGAAGUUCAAAGACAGCAACAAGAAAGGCAGCAGGAACAAGCCAGAAUGCAAAAUGCUGUUGUCCGUGAUUUGUCCAAAAGAAAAAGUGGGUACAUGAACUCAGGAUUAGAAACAGAAUCAGAAUCAAAUUAUAGCCAUAGGCGACGGCACAGAAGACAUAGGUCAAGGUCUCCUGACAGUAAAGCGGUUCUACCACAUGAAGUUAGAAAAUAUAUUGAUUAUAACUUGAUUGAUCCAAGUACCUUGACAGAAGAAGAGAAGCGUGAUAUAAAAUAUACUAAAAUUCAGGCUGACAGUCGCCUCUUCAAGAUAAGAUACUCUUCCAGUCAAGGACAACUUUCAAAAAACCUCGCAUCAAGAAACUCUACCAACAGCCUUCAUAAAUCUCAAUUGGCGGACGAUCCUGGACCACCACCGCCCUACACAUCCGACCAUCCAACCAGCUACCUUUCCCCAAACCAGCAGAGACUGGUUGACAUCGAAGAAAAAAAUGAAAACAUCUUAGAACCUGUACAAAUUCCUAAAAUUGGUUCUCACAAUGGAAAUCACAAGACACCCAGUUUCAAAGACAGGUUUGCACAGAAUAAUUCAAAUCAGCAAUUAUUGAAGCACAGUCAGUCACAGGACUGGGGAAUGAAUAAACCAAUACCCAGCAUAAACAAGUCACAGUUGUCUGAAUCAAAUGGCAAAGAAGCCUCUGAAGAAGAAAACUCACACAGCGGUUACAUGGCAAAGAACAUUAGAUUGGUAAAUGGUCACUUUUAUCCAACGGCACAGAAAUCUUUGAUCACAAUGCCAACAAUGACACAUAGAGUGACAUUUGAAAAUGAUGACACUCCUAAGCAAUAUCCAAAGAACCUGCCAUCUUCCCAAUCUUGGGUUCAGUGUCCACCAAGAGAAAAUGGUGAAGUGCCAAAGUCUAAGGAUGCAGCACCGAAUAAUCAUGAAAUGAGUACUGAAUUAUAAUCCCAGUGGUGCCAAAAUUUUACACGACCAGAAAACGUACUUUUUAGAACUGAAGUUUCCAACAAAAAUAAGAGUUGCAACUUUUUACAGGAAACUACUUUAUAUGCUUACAGUAACAGAUUUCUUUUAAUCAGAAAAAAUAAUUAUCUUUUAGUUCAUAGUUUAGUCCACAGAGGUAUUCCAAGGAAAAUCAUUAUAACAGAAUUAAAACAAAUGUAAUAAUAACAAUUUCCACAGCUUUCCUCAGAAAGUACAGAUUUAUUAUUUUCAAAUAGUAGGAUGGUAUCUAAAAUAUUAGAAAAAAAAUGAUAAAAAUUAAUCACAAAAAACGUCUUAUAUGAAAA